UGGGAAUCUCCCUCAGCUUUCGUCUCCCGGACCACUGUAGCGUUUUUCAGGCUGAACUGAUGGCAAUCGACAGGGCCACGAAACUGGUAAAGUGUGAUAUGAUACCCCAAGUUGAUAUCUACAUCUUCACUGACAGCCAGGCGGCAAUAAAGUCCCUCACGAAGCAGUCGACAACCUCCAUGGUAGCCAUGAAAUGCCGCGCAUCUCUUAACGAGAUGGCUGAGUCAUUUCGCCCAAAGGUAAUAUGGGUUCCGGGACACUGCGGCAUAGAGGGGAAUUGUAAGGCCGACGAACUGGCGCGACUUGGCACGAAACUUCCUUUUGAGGAUAUAAAUGACGAAAUAGGAAUACCCUUGCAAACUUGUAAGCUACUUAUCUCCGAGAGGCUCACUAAAGUAGCGAACGAAAGGUGGCAGGACGAAAUCACCUGCAAAACUGCCAAACAAUUAUGGCCGGUGCUCAGCGCCAACCGCACUGGCCUACUACUGAGUCUAAAUAAGUCCAAUAUUAGAUUAUUAGUAUCCGUCAUAACAGGACACUGCCUAAUUGGCAAGCACGCCUAUCGACUUGGCCUACGCUCACAUGACUUCUGUAGAAGUUGUCAAGAUGAAGAAGAAGAAGAACCGAUUCUCCACCUGUUGUGCCAAUGCCCUGCUCUAUCUAGACGAAGACUCNGAAACGAUUCUCCACCUGGUGUGCCAAUGCCCUGCUCUAUCUAG